UAACUAACUGUCUUACUAUCGACUCCUGUUCUACUAAUUAGCCAAGUACAUAUUAAUUUAUUCAUAUAUUAUAUCACAAGAGCGUUAAAUUUAAUCGAUUAAACUAUGCAACAUAUUUUGGAAGAUGCGUGUAGUUCAACCUAAACAGAAGUUAUCGGACACGAGAGAGUUGGGCAACUUCAACCAAAAAAGAUCAGAACUGCUAGUCAACCUUAGCAAGAAAAGUCUCAAGACUCUAACCGGGUUUCUCUCAGGACAUUGCAGACUUAAGAAACCCCUACAGAAGUUGGGGUUAGAAGAAGAUGGCACCUGCAGAUUCUGUGAAGACGGAAAAGAGACACCUCACCAUCUUCUACUGAACUGCGAUGCCACUUGGGAAGUGCCCUAUACAGUUGGAAGACAUUCCAGCCCUGAAACCGCUAGAUAUUCCAAAAUUCCUACAGGACCUAGGACUGGAGGGGGCUGUUUUGAGCAGGAAACCAGAAAUUAGUAGCAGAAAAACACACAUACACAUACAUACACACAUAUAGUGAAAUUUAAUUUGACAUAGGAAAAAAAAUAUAUUGUUAUAAAAUACAGUAGGUACCUACAUACCGAAUAUUUCAGUAUCUCUCUAUUCGAAUGAUAACAAAAAUAUUAUUGCCUCAUUAUGAUAAAGGACAUGCAGGUCACUAACGCUAUACAAAAAUAUGAUACGCUUGCCGCCGUCUUUAAAAAUUUUUGGUUGGUAUAUCAGUUGAAAUUUGAAUGAGCUUAUUGAAAAUAUUAAAAUGGUUUUAAAUAAAAUAGUAAAAUUAGGAGGUGAAGUGUUGCAAAGUGCUGUGCCUUUGAAAAACAAAUCUCAAAGAUGUGCCAGUCAUUUUGUUUACAGCCCUGAUAGUAAUUCUACCAUUAAAGGUGAUAGAACAAAAAUGAAUAUGUUUCAAGCCAUCAAUAAUGCUUUAGACACGGCCCUCAAAACGGAUCCAAAAGCAAUAAUUUUCGGAGAGGAUGUGGGUUUUGGGGGUGUUUUUAGAUGUACUUUGGAUUUACAAAAAAAGUACGGCAAGCAAAGAGUUUUCAAUACACCACUUUGCGAACAAGGUAUUGCAGGAUUUGGAAUCGGAGCCGCAGUAGCUGGAAGCACCGCGAUUGCAGAAAUACAAUUUGCAGACUACAUAUUUCCAGCUUUCGAUCAAUUGGUAAAUGAAGCAGCUAAAUACAGAUACCGCAGUGGAAAUUUAUUCGAUUGUGGCAAACUAACAGUACGUUCGCCUUGCGGUGCCGUGGGACACGGUGCUCUGUAUCAUUCACAAAGUCCUGAAGCUUAUUUCGCACAUACACCAGGAUUAAAGGUUGUGGUUCCUAGAGGCCCGAUUAAAGCUAAAGGACUUUUAUUAAGUUGCAUUCGUGAUCCUGACCCUUGUUUAAUAUUUGAGCCUAAAGUGCUCUAUCGUAUGGCUGUGGAAGAAGUACCUACUGACGACUAUCAACUUCCAAUAGGAAAAGCAGAUAUAUUAAUCAAUGGCAGUGAUUUAACAAUGAUUGGUUGGGGUACCCAAGUACAUGUCCUAAAAGAAGUUGCUGAUCUUUUAAAAGAAAAACACAGUAUUUCAGCAGAAGUUAUAGAUUUGGUAUCAAUAUUGCCUUGGGAUGUUGAUACUGUUUGCAAGUCUGCAAGUAAAACUGGAAGAGUAUUAGUUGCACAUGAAGCCCCGCUUACCUCAGGCUUUGGGGCAGAAAUUGCAGCGACCAUACAGGAAAAUUGUUUCUUAAAAUUGUCUGCACCCGUGGUAAGGGUAACAGGUCCAGAUACUCCAUUCCCUCAUGUUUUUGAACCAUUUUACUUGCCAACCAAAUGGAGGUGUUUAGAUGAAGCCUUGAAAUUAAUAGAUUAUUGAAUCUGUAAACUUUUAUAAAUAAAUGACAUCAACUA